UGGGCGUGUGUUGCGGGCCCCGAGCCGGGUGCGUGGUGUGGGGCGGUAGAGGCUUCAGAGCCGCAGCCCGAGGAGGGUCAGGCGGACACAGGACCGUCCCAGGCUCACCCACCACCGGAUCAGCCAGGACCCAGAGGGGCCCUCAUGCGCGCCUGCGGCCUUAGAGAGGCCCCCCAGCUCCGUGCCUGGGCACUGCCCCUAACACUCCGACCCCUUCUCCACGAAGAGACGCAGCCCCUGGGAGCACUACCCGCUGGCAGAGCGAUGCCUCACAACUCCAGCCACGGGGUCGGCAUGGUCCAUGGGGGUAAGACCUGGAAGGAGCAGGACAGGGACAGGGAAGGAGCGUGGAGAGGCGAAGCAGGCGGCCUGGCCUGCAAUGCCUCCUCCCCAUUCCCCCCGGAGCCUCCAGGGGCCGCAGGCAGCAGCAUCCCUGUCUACUGUGCCCUCCUGGCCACCGUGGUCCUCGGUCUGCUUGCCUACGUGGCCUUCAAGUGCUGGCGCUCCCAUCAACAAAGACAGCAGCUGGCCAAAGCUCGGGCUGCGGAGCUGGGCGCCCUCGACAGGGACCCGAGGCACGGGGAGAGCAGUGUCUUCCUGGACUCUCCUAGCGGCCGGGGGCCACAUCCGGAGCUCGGCCGCCGGCUUUACCUCCAUCUUCCUCAGCAGCAGCAAGAGGAAGUGGAGCGGCUCCUGGGAGUGUCGGGCGACCCCGACAAGGGCUGGCAGGGCCUGGCAGGCCGCCUGGGCUACCAGACGGAGGCUGUGGAGACCAUGGCCCGGGGCCCGGCGCCUGCCUGCGCCCUGCUGAGGGACUGGGCUGUCCAGGGAGGCAGCGGCGCUACCCUCAGGGUGCUGGAGGACGCCCUGGCCGCCAUGGGCCGUGAAGACGUGGUCCGGGUCCUGGGCCUCCCGCCUGAGGGCUGCUCUGUGGUGUGAGCCAGGCCCCCCACAGCCUGGCCUCUCGGGGUGCAGCCCUGUGCUCCCUACCACGCCCUCUCCCAUGCCCUUCCUUUCAUGGGCUUCCUGCCUGGGUGGGCCCAGCCUGCUCCGUUCUGGAGGGACUCAGAAGGUGCAGCCACGCCCCCACUCCCCUGGCCCCAUGUCCCUCUGAGACAGAGACCAGGAUCUGGGGGAGCGGGCAGGAAGGAGUGGGCCUGCCCUCCUGCUCCCUAUCCCCUCCCCUUCCUUGGCCUUAACUGUUUUUCUACUUUUGUAUCCAUAGUAAAGGCGGCUCUGGGUUACUGUG